GUUUCUGACACGGUUGUGGAACCUUACAACGCCACGUUAUCAGUUCAUCAACUCGUUGAGAAUACUGACGAGACAUUCUGUAUCGACAACGAGGCUUUGUACGAUAUUUGCUUCCGGACCUUAAAACUGACCACGCCAACAUACGGUGAUUUGAACCAUCUGGUGUCCGCCACAAUGUCUGGUAUAACAACAUGUUUAAGGUUCCCGGGACAGUUAAAUGCUGACCUACGAAAACUUGCUGUCAACAUGGUGCCUUUCCCUCGCCUUCACUUUUUCAUGCCAGGGUUUGCUCCCCUGACUUCUCGGGGAAGCCAGCAGUACCGAGCGCUCUCAGUACCUGAACUGACGCAACAGAUGUUCGACGCCAAAAACAUGAUGGUAGCCUGUGAUCCCCGUCAUGGUCGCUACCUAACUGUAGCGGCCAUGUUUAGAGGCCGCAUGUCCAUGAAAGAAGUGGACGAGCAGUUACUCAAUAUCCAAAACAAAAACAGCAGCUACUUCGUGGAGUGGAUUCCCAACAACGUCAAGACUGCAGUGUGUGACAUUCCACCCACAGGACUCAAAAUGUCUGGCACUUUCAUCGGCAACACGACUGCUAUACAAGAGAUCUUUAAGAGAAUAUCGGAACAAUUCACCGCCAU